GAGUAAUAACAGAUCAAACUUUGGGGCCACACUUGGAAGGGUGGCCAACAGGAUUAAAAAUGCUGAGUUCUUUUUAAAUAGAAUCCGCUACAACCUUACUCGUAACAGCGGCAACAACUCCGCCCAUGGUAUGUACCCAAAUUCAAUCCCAUGCACAAAAAAUAUAACGCAAAACAUUACGUAGGAGUAGUAGAUUUUGAAUGAAUUAAUACACUCAUACACAAUAUAUACCGUCUUUGGUACAUGCAUGACCAAUUCAUACAGUUAUUAAAAAGUAAGUUUAUGCGAAUGUUAUUGAACGUAACUCGUAUAAUACUCGGUAAGACUAAAAAUAGCCAAAUCGGCAGUACUGGUUGAUUCUGGUGAAGUUUAUGAAGUUCUGGUUGAUGAGGCUGAUUUGUGAAAAAUAAUAAUUUAAAGUACAUUUUAUUAAUAAAAUAAAGAAAAUAUUAUAUGAAAAAAUAGCUAAAAUAGCCCUCUACAGUAACUUUAGCCAAUACAGCCGGAAAAGUAACUACAACCUUAUUUUUUCUUAUUAUUACACAAUUCAGCACGUAAAACCAAAAGUCACGUGUUUGGUGAAAAAGUUGGCUUAUAAGCCUGAAAAGACAAAAAACAUGGCUACCAAACGGACACUAAAGUAAGUUGGACUUUGAGUAACAAUUGAUAUGGGCAAGGCAAUGAUAAAUUCUUAAUGGAACGAAAGGAAAAAUGAGAUAAUUUUAACAAAAUUAAUUAACAUAUUAGUAAUAAUGGGAAUCUGAUUUCAAUGUAGGUGGCUUUAUGGGAUUUAGUAGAGUUGUUUGGGAGGUGGCAAAGCACAAGCCGACAGGUUCAUGCCCAUAUAUUACCUUCACAUAUAACAGCACUAAUGGUGAUCAAGGUACGCGGCUGCCCACUCAUACGUAAUGUUUUAAUACUGUACGUACUCUACUCUAUCUCUCCCACUCAAUAUGGCACAUCAUGCCCAGUUUAGCCGUUUAGGUUGGUUUCUUAUGACAUGAUUGACAUCUAAAUCAAUAUUUAAGAUACAAGUAUUUUUAGAAUAUAUUGAUAUGAAAUUUAUACAUGAAGUAUGAAAGACUAAAAUAAAUAUAGUGGGUAAAUAUGUAACUUUUUGUAUAUCGUGAUUGGAUUAUAAACUACCAUAAUACUUGUACUACCUUCGUCCCUUAAAACGUUGUCAAAGUUGAUCGACACGGAGAAUAAUAAAGUAAAAAAUUGUGUGGUUGAGGUUUGUGCAGAGGAGAAAGAAAUAACAGAAACCACAAAAUAAUUGAUUAAAAGGAAAAGUGACAAAGUUUUUUGGGACGUACCAAAAAGGAAAGAUACAAAGUUUUAAGGGACGCAUGGAGUAUUUUUUAGUGACAACACCAGAACGGUCAUAAUAACUUUAUACAUUUUGUCAAUAGAUUUUCUGUCACGAAAACUCUGAUGAGAUAGUAGGUUUUCAUUACUAAAACUCUCCUAGCGUCAAUUUUUCUAUUAAAAUAUGGCAUUUCAUCCCGUUUCCUCACAUUCCCAUGCAAUAUAGUACUCCCUCCGCCCUCUGUUAUUGUCUCAUUUCCUAUUCACUUGAUCAACACAAAUCACUCUUAAUCUCUUACUUUAUGUAUCAAAUUUUUAUCAAAUUUGAUUCUGGUUUUUGCGAGUUUGUAAAUCUUUUAAUGUAGUUUCUGAAUAUGUAAUUUUCUUUUUCUAAAAAUAAUUUGAGUGCGGACAGGGAUCUGUUUGCUUUAUCGUCGGUCAAGCAUCGUAAACCGCAAUGAGACAAUAACAGAGGGACAGAGGGAGUACUAUAUAAUACGUAGUACAAGUAUAUCCCAUGAAUUUCAAACUGUCUAGAUUGAGAUGGAUGUAGUGAUGGAAUAAUUAGUUUUAGGUGCUAAGUGAAUUAGAAAAUUAAUAAAGGCAGGUUAUUUUAUUGCUAAAUGAUAGGGAAAUUAAAAUUCCCUAAAUAAGAGUAAAAACGUUUUGAAAUUUCAAAAUAAGACCUUCAUGUUUUAUUCUCUAAAUAAGAGUAAUUUCUGCCAAGUUUAUCAUUAACAUGCUUUAAACAUGUCAGCUUUUUUUCAAAUUUGUCUUAAAUUACUCCCAUUAAGGAAAUAAAAACAUGAAUGUCUUAUUUUGAAAUUUCAAAACGUAUUUACUCAUAUCCACGGAUUAAUGCAUGUAGGUUUUCCUGGGGAUGUUAUAGCGACUGUGAGCUAUAGUAUAAAUGACAAUUACCAGUUGAGUAUAAACAUGACUGCCAAAACUCUGAACAAAGACACUCCAGUGAAUAUGGCCACACACGUAUACUGGAACCUAGGAGGGCAUAAGAGUGGCAAUAUUUCAUCUCAACAGCUUCAACUAUUUGCUUCUAAGAUCACCAAUGUGGACGAAGACCUAGUUCCGGACGGUACCUUCUCAACGAUCCGCAACACACCCUACGAUUUUUUGAAACCCGUUAAGAUCGGGACACGGCUCGAAAAGCUGCUCGAGCCAAGGAAAGCCGGGUCGGUGCGCGGUUUCGAUAUCAACUAUGCAGUGGAUGGGUACAAGGAAAGUGAGAAACAUAGGAUGAAGAAAGUGGCGAUUUUGUACGAUGAAAAGUCGGGGAUAAAGAUGAAGCUGGACGCAACUGCGCCAGGAGUUCAGCUCUUCACAGCUAACAGCUUGAAGGACAGGAAAGGAAAAGAGGGAGCACUUUACCAGGCUUAUGCGGGUGUGUGCUUGGAGACACAGGGCUUUCCUGAUGCUGUGAAUCAUGAUAACUUCCCCUCCACUAUAAUCACACAGGAUAACCCCUAUUAUCAUUCAAUGUCUAUUUCUUUCACUAUUGUGUAGAAACAAAGUAAUUAAAGUGCAUGUUUUUCUGAUGUAUGUUUGCUAUUGACCGAGUUAUAUAUUUGUGAGUUGUGACCCUGCUUUAUAUUUGAAUUAUAUUUUAAAGAGAUGGCAUUAAUAUU